AGUAUUACACGACUGCAUCUCUUCACCGUUGUAGAACAACCAAGCAUGCUUCACCCAAAGUGGGGUGCUUUGACUCUGAAGAGGACUUGAAACACUAAAGAGGACUCGAACGCACUACGACUCCUCCUAAUCGUGACGUCUCCACUCUAAGCCCCCUCGCCCCCUCUCCUCACUCCAUCCUUGCACAUAGAGGGGGAGGAGACUGACUUUGGGAAUGCCCUUCUGUCUGAUCUUCGCACCUGAUCGCAGAGCAAAGAAGGGACUGUGUUGAAUUGGAAUGCGGAAUAAUGAAACCAACUAUUCGGACAUGUUGAGGCAGUUGGUUGUCACUGUUGAUGGAUUCUGUGAAGGAAGAGCUUUCCCCCAGGAUACUCUACAGACUGGAGUCUAUUAUUAUUUUUAUUUAAUUUUUUGCUGUAGUUGUUGUUGUUUUUUUUGCAUUAAUAAUAUUAUUAUAUAAUUAUGAAUAAUAAUUGAGAUACGUCAGUAAGAAAUCUACCAAAUGUUCAACAUACAUUUUUAGUUUGGGGUUUUUCAGCACAAGAGUUAUGAAGUACCUCUCAUGUCUGAGAAUGGGUUUUCACUGCACUAUUUGUUGUAUGUUUCAAUGAACUUCGCCAUUCAAAACCUAGAAUAAACCGACAGAACCAGGAAAACCUAAAAGCCGGAAUGGACAGAAAAAUCUACUGUGUUCAGGAUAUUGGUUUUUGCUUAGCAUCCUUUAAUCAUUAGACUAGUUUUCUGCCAUUAGAUACCUCUAAACGUUCUUUAUAAAAACCAACACUAGAAUCAACCCACAAUUUAAUGGGUUGAUGUUUUAGAUAUUUGACAUUCACAAAUGUUCGUUAAUAGGUUGAAAAUAUAAAACAAUUGAAUUAUCCUACUGAAGAUGCGACUUUGUGUUGUUCGGCAGCUGUAAUAAUUUGGCUUUAUGCUAAAUUAUUAAACUGUAAGCCGCUUGAUCUCACUAUCACGGCAGAAAACGCAUCUUUGUUAUAGAUAAUUUCAAGUGUAGAAGGCUUCAUUCCCUCAGCUCGCGGUUAAAUUGAAUGAUUGCGGGUUUUUUUUAUUUAAACUCGUUCUAUUAUAUUAACACGACUGACGGUUGAGCGCAGCAGUGACAAUGUUGAGUUGGCUGCUGUGGUCUUCACUCUUCACUGUAAGCUCCCAAGUAACAUGUCCAGAUGACAUUGCUGCGCCUCUUUGUGGACCGGAGAAUGUUAACGUGAGUUUUGACGUUAAAUCUUGGACAAUAUUCACAACGUGGGAUUCUGCCGCGUCUUCUGGUACAAAUGAGGGACUCAUCUAUGACGUGGAGGUUCUAUAUACAGACGACCUGAAGAAGCUGCACAGUGAGGCUAUCGAAGUGAGAUCUGACCAGACUGGAACUCAACAGCGGUGGAGCUGGAGGUCUCCGUUGCCUUUCGAGUGUACCACUCACGCAGUCAGACUCCGGUCCCGACACCUAAACAAAACUAGUCAGUGGAGCCCCCUUCAGAUCAAUCCUGGGAAAACUGUGUCGAGCGAACCUGCGAUGGUCCCUCAGGACACUUUCGUCAAGGUCGGCCACAAUUUAACGUUAUGCUGCGUGACCACGGAGGAGGAGCCGGUCAUGAACUUUAACGGUACACGCGUGGUCACACGGAUCGGUAACCACAGCUACACAAUCACUGUUCACAUCCAGGAACCUCUGCCUCGUUGCACAAUUUCAGCCUUCUGCAAAAUGCGAAAGCAUGGUACUUGCGUUUACGCCGGGUACCCCCCGGAUGACAGCCAUCUGAAGUGUGAAACUCGCGACCUGGAGCGUGUGGAGUGUCACUGGAAAAUCGGAAGAGACACUCAAUUGAUCAAACCUGGGAGUACCACGUAUUAUAAGCUAAACGGAUGCUCGUGUCCAGACAAAACGACAUCAAAUUGCCACCAAACUGUUGACGUGGGCCAAGGGGAAAUGACGUGGACGUUGGAAGCCCAGAAUCCACUUGGUAUUGUCAAGAUAAAGGAAACAGCAGACUUGAUGAGAAGAGUGCGGAUGCUGGCUCCGGUGAGCGUGGUGGCAUCAGAAGUCAAUGCCAGGGAUGCUAGGCUGGACUGGCAGUGGAAACCGCAGAAGUACAAGACCCUGAACAUGCUGUGCCAAGUUCAGCUGGAACAAAGUGGACACCUGGAGAAGAGGAACUAUUCUGGUCACGGUCUUGGGUCUGUGGUUUUGACUGGUCUGACACCUGCAGACACCUACACAGUGAAGGUGUGCUGUGGGACUGUAAAACACUUCUGGAAGUGGGGUGACAACAGCGUAAACAGCACCUUUCAAACCAAAGGGGACAUUCCUGAUCCUUUAGAUGUGUGGAUGCACACUGAGAAAAAACAAACCGUAAUCGCAUGGAACACUCUUUUAGCCAAUCAGAGCCAUGGACAGAUCCUGGAGUAUGAGGUGAUCUGGGUAAAGUCUGUGGAUCAAAGCAGGGAAAGAAGGACUGUGCAUCCCUCGUCCAAGUCCCGUCCGAAUUAUUAUACUCUCCCUUUUGUGGCGUCUGAGGAGGAAUACGUUGUCACGGUGACAGCCAGAAACCUGAACGGCAGCUCCACUCCCUCGUCCGUCACCCUUCCCAGUCGCUUCCCAGAUGGAAUGGUGACCACAAAGGUUUUUGGCCGUGACGGUGGCUUCGACCUGACCUGGAAUGCUAGCCUCAGUGCUAGCUCUGGCUACUUAGUGGACUGGUGCCCCUCAUUCAGCACCUGCUCCGUGGAGUGGGUGAAGGUGCCAUCUGGGGUGACGAGGGCCAGAAUCCAGUCAGCCAACCUUAAUGGGUGUGUACGGUAUACGAUCUCCAUCUACGCCUGUACGUCACAAGCUCAAGAACUACUGGAUAGGAGAGAGGGAUACGUAAAAGAGUGCAUUCCAAAAGACACGGUUGCAAGGUUGAACACCAUCCAGAGCGAUUCACAUGUUAGGGUUUCAUGGAACGACAUUCCCCCAGAGCAACAGACAGCGUUCAUUCAUAGAUACAUUGUCACCUACUCUGACGACACAGGAACGACUAUCAACAUCAGCACAGCCGACGCUACAGAAAACUCCCUGACGGUCUCCCUUAAAGAUCUUCACAGGAAGUCGUACAAAUUCACACUGAAAGCCCUCACAUCAGUUGGGACAACCAAUGGGAAAAUGUUUAACGUCAUCCUGAAGACUGACCAGACAAUCUGGGUGAUGCUGCUAUUCCUGGGAGGUCUUCUCCUCUUCUCCUUGGCCACCAUCAUAUGCUACAGGAACAGGCGAUGGCUGAAACGUGAGUUCUACCCCGAUAUCCCCCAGCCAGCAUUAAAGACAGACUGGCUCACGACACUGAAGGGAUACGGGGGUCAGGUGCUCCAUGACGAACCUUGCCAAUGCUCCCAGCUGGACAUCAUUCCAGUGAAGGUUAGCCGCAACCAGAAGGAGGAGAAAGCCAUCAGGAGCAGGCAACUGCCGAGAACAACUGCCAAAGUCUCCUCUUCCUCCUCCGAGUCUCAAUACCGAGGACUAGACUUUGCGAACCAGUCCUACAACUCGUUUGUGUUUCCUGCGGCAGAGAUGGAGCUGGUCGAAGAUUACCAUCCCCACACAGGCCCUCUCCUCAGCCCCAGCCCUCCGGAGGUUUCCGCAAGGGGACACCUUGUGUUUCCUGCGGCAGAGAUGGAGCUGGUCGAAGAUUACCAUCCCCACACAGGCCCUCUUCUCAGCCCCAGCCCUCCGGAGGUUUCUGCAGGGGGAGACUAGGGCGGCUACUGGGUCAAGAUAUAACGAGAUCAGCUCCUCAGAGACGGACUCACCGGAAAGCGUCUUUGCCAGCAGCUCGACACAGUGGAGUUGCCUACUUAACCUGAUCAGCAGGCAUUUGCUGUGUGUCCACAAGGAUUUUUCUUUAUAAAAUGAACAGUGACACAUGCAGGAGCUGAUCUCGAACUUCUCAUCAUCCCGGCUAAACCCUCCAUCUCCCACGAUCUCUCAAUCACCCUGGGAUCUGCGACGGUGACCCCUUCAUCCUCUGCCAGGAACCUUGGGGUUACCAUGGACGAAGAGCUCUCCCUCACGGCCCACAUUGCUGCAGUCUCCCGGUCGUGUAGAUUCACCCUCUACAACAUCCGGAAGAUCAGGAGAUACCUGUCUGAGCACUCCACCCAGCUGCUAGUCCAAGCACUUGUCCUCUCCAAGUUGGACUAUUGCAACUCGCUGCUCGCUGGUCUCCCAGCAUGUGCAACCCGCCCUCUUCGGAGGAUUCAGAACGCAGCGGCCCGCCUGGUCUACAAUCUACCCAGACGCUCCCAUGUUACACCGCUCCUCAUCUCUCUCCACUGGCUACCUAUCAUGGCCCGUAUCAGAUUCAAGACCCUGGUACUGACCUUCCGAGCAGUGAACGGGACUGCACCCGUCACCUACGGUCUUCUUCAGACAACCGCCUGGUGGUCCCACCCAGGGAUGGAAAUUAGCACCUGCCACCAGCCAAAUGAUUUUGUGUUGUGGCGGGUAAACUCGUUUCACCUACCGGCCACCGUGGCGGGUAAAUACAAUUAUUACACGGCUGUUCUUAAUGCUGUAGAAUGCCUCAUUCACUUGAAUGGGGUUUCCCAACGUUCUGCAGUCAAUUAUUUUUCGAUAACAGACCGUUGCUAUGUAUAACUGACCGCUGUCAAGAGAAGUGGCCUUUUUGCCUCGGAUUCACGUUCAAGUAGUCCGGUAACUUUUCAACUCCAGCGUACUCCGUUGCUUAGCGACGUCAGCUGAUUUGAAGCCUAAAGAAUGUUCAACGUCUAUGAAGUUCAACGUCUUUGGCGAACUAUUUCUCUGCUGAUCAACACUACGAAUGGUAACAUAUAAAUUGUAAUAAGACACACUGUGUUAAGUUUUUUUUGGGCAAGUAGCCGUGUAAUAAGCGGGAUAAUGUAUAGAACGCCGUUGUCAUUAUCGGGAAAAUAAGCCCCUUCAGAGCGAAGCUACAACCCUCCGCUUCGCGUCGGGGUUCUGUUCGCCCUGUCUUGGAAGAAGAACGCUCAGGAAAGCACCUCUGAAACUUCAGAAUCUGAUUCUGAUGAGCAGGAGUAAACUGUACUGGGAUUGGGGAGGAUGGGUGGAGGAAUGUUAGUUUGUUGUUUAAUCUGCCCUACUCAUUUAAUGAAAUGUAUAUCAGUUCGUGGUUUGUGCAUGUAUAAAAGAGAAAGUGUCAGUGUUUCAUUGAGACUGAGAUUAAAUAAACUGCUUAAGUAUUGUA